AUGUCUAACCGGCAUCAUGCCCGAAGAAAUACACUGGUCGAGGACGUCGCUGUCCCAAAGCAUUUGCUGUCUACUGCAAAGUUCAAUUCGCCAUGGGAAUUGAAAAAAUGGGAAAAGUCUCUCCCUGAAAACAAUCGGGUGCAGUUCCAACCACAAGGCGAGCAGCCUUCACGCAGCGCCAGUGGUAUUACUCGUUCUGCUAGUCUUUCGGCUCUCCGUGCCCCAAAACGCCCCGCUGCUAUUCGUCCACGAAGCAACCCUCCAGAAUUAUAUGAGACUGCCGUGCAUCCCAGCCCGCCAAUCAGCUCAAAUAGCUCCAUCAAUCUGGGUAGUAGUCAAAGCAGUAUGCAAGAUGUCUAUGAGAAAGCCAAACUGAGGGGUGUUGCUCUCCAACGAAAGCAUUGGGUGCGCAUCUUGUUCGAAACAACCGUCUAUACACUUCUCGUCCUAUUUAUCUACUUCGUCCUCGUUGGCAUGCCCUUAUGGAGAGGUGCUGUCUGGUGGCUCUACUGGGUGAUCGCCAACAAAUUCGUCAUCACGGGAGGAUGGGCUAUUCUUAUAGGUCUCGCUUUUCUAUACGCCUUCUGUCCUCUUCUGAUCCUCUUCGAAAAGGAUCCCCCACCAGCAACCGAGCAAAUCGAUACAGACCUGGAACAAAACUCAUCCAGCGCCCUAAACACCGCCCUCCUCAUUCCCUGCUACAAAUCCGCCAAGAUAAUCGGCCCAACACUGGAAGCCGCCUUGAAAGUCUUCCCGGCCGAAAACAUCUUCGUCAUCGCCAACGGAAACUCCCAAACCCCCCUCGACGACACAGAGGACGUCUGCCGUCCCUUCGGCGUCAACCACCUCUGGGUCCCCGUCGGCUCCAAAAUCGUAGCCCAAUUCGCCGGCUGCUACGCCGCCAAGGGCUUCGAGAACGUCCUCCUAAUCGACGACGACUGCGCACUCCCGCCCAACUUCCCCGUCGUCAGCGAGCGACUAAAGGGCCAGGUCAGAUGCAUUGGGUACACGAUCAAAAGCGUGGGUCCGAACUCGUCCAAGGGCACAUACUGCCAGCAAGCGCAAGACCUGGAAUAUAAAAUGUCGGGCAUUCAACGGGCUUUCUUCGGUAUGCUGGGCAGUGCGACGUUCCCCCACGGCGCUAUCUCACUUUGGAACACGGAGUUCCUGAAGCAAACCUUCAACGAACAUCCUGGAUUCUCCGUUUCCGAAGAUUGGUUCUUCGGCGACGCCUGUCGGCGGCUGGGAGGCCGGAUCACCAUGUGCUCGUCCGUCUUUGUCGAGACCGAGACUCCUACAUCUGUCUUCUUUGCCGGCGGCGGGAGCAGAGGUGGGUUCGGCGAGAUGACCAUCUUCCAGCAGCGAUUCAAACGGUGGAACUUUUUUUUCGUGAUUGGAAUGUACUAUGAUCUCAAAUACAUCUUUACAAGCUGGAAGCUUGGCUGGUGUGAAAUCGGAGCGAAACUCUGCGUUUUCCAAGAGGUGUACGAAACUCUCAUCUACCUCCUCGCCCCCUUCGUCCUCCCAAUCUCCUUCUACGUGCGCCCCAGUUUCAGCGGCAUCCUGCUAGGCGCCACCAUCGGCAUGUACAUCGUCAACGUCCUUAUUUUCAACGAGAUCCACCUCCGACGCAAAAAUGAGCGCAUCGACUGGAAGGUCCUGAUACUGUAUUACACAUUUUACAAAAUCGUCCUGACCUUCAUUAACGUGUUCAGCUGCUACUGGUCGCUGUUCAAGUAUGCGCGGUACUUUGCCAAGCGUCAUCCAAAAGUCAUCGAGGACCAGGAAGCCAUUGGUGUUGUUUUGAGUCUUGAGCGGGAUGUCGAGACGCCUACUAUUGAGGAGGAAGAGGAGGAGAUGCCGGUUGCAAAUGCGCGGGUGCCGCAGCGGGCGGAUUCGCAGCGGGCGUAUAAGCGUCUUACCUUGACGAGAGUCGAGGCUCCGCUCGGCUUGGAUAUUACCAUGACGCAGACGCAUACUACGAAUCAGUCGUAUCAGUCUGUGAUCUAG